GGUAAUAUAAAGAAGCAGGGACCCGGGAGAAAGAACAGGAGAAGAAGAAGAAGAAGAAGAAGAAUGGAAGAGGAGAUUGGGUUUUUGGGGAUGGGAAUAAUGGGCAAGGCCAUGGCCGUGAACUUGCUUCGCCAUGGCUUCAAGGUCACCGUAUGGAACCGCACUCUUUCCAAGUGUGAUGAGCUCGUGGAUCAUGGAGCAUCAGUUGGAAAAACUCCUGCAGAGGUAGUCAAGAAGUGCAAGUACACCAUUGCAAUAUUGGCCGAUCCUACUGUAGCUCUUUCGGUUGUUUUUGACAAAAAUGGUGUUCUUGAGCAAAUUAGCAGUGGAAAAGGUUACAUUGACAUGUCAACAGUUGACUUUCACACUUCUUCAAGGAUCAGCGAGGCAAUUAUAUCAAAGGGGGGUUAUUUCCUUGAAGCUCCAGUUUCAGGUAGCAAAAAGCCUGCUGAAGAUGGUCAAUUAGUGAUGCUUGCUGCGGGGGAGAAGGCUUUGUAUGACAAAAUACUUCCUGCUUUCGAUGUCAUGGGAAAGAAAUCUUUUUUCCUAGGUCAGAUUGGAAAUGGAGCAAAAACGAAACUUGUUGUCAACAUGAUCAUGGGGAGUGUGCUGAAUGCAUUUUCUGAGGGGCUCACCUUGGCUGACAAAAGUGGACUGGACCCCCAAACUCUUCUCGAUGUGUUGGACCUUGGAGGAACCGCGAGUCCGUUGUUUAGGAUGAAAGGACCCGCCAUGAUCCAGAAGAGUUACCCGCCUCAAUUUCCUCUGAAACAUCAGCAGAAAGACAUGAGGUUGGCUCUCGCCCUAGGCGAUGAAAAUGCAGUAUCCAUGCCAGUGGCAGCCGCCGCCAAUGAGGCAUUCAAGAAAGCCAGGAGCAUGGGGCUUGGGGACCUCGACUUCGCGGCUGUGCAUGAGGCUGUGAAAUUUCCUGGAAGUUCGUCUUGAGAUGCAGAUGCUUGCUUGGUGAUCACAAGCAGUUGCAUUUGUUGUGUUUCUGUGUGUGUUGUGGUUGAGGUUGAGGUUUUCUAAUGAAUAAUAAUCUCUUUGCAAAUA